CACACACUGACAGGUCGAGUGAAACGCGCGCGUGAUUGGAGAUUCAAAGCGUCUCUGCGCGUCAGCCGAGCAGCUCUAAAGGAAGCAAUACAGAGGCUUAAGAGAACAUUUGACCAGAUUUACACUCCUGCUAUGGAGCUCAAGAUGAGUAAAGCAACUCUCACUGCUGUCUUUAUAGCAUUUCUACUGACUUCCAGUGGAGCAAAGCCAAAUGGAAAGAACAAAAAGCCAAAACAAGCUGUGCCAUCAAUAGAAUGUGAUAUGCGGGCUGGGAAGAUCAAUCUCUCAGAGUUUAUUGUUAAGUGUCCAGCUAACUGCAGGGAGACCAAGGAGAAAGUGUAUGGGACAGGUGUAUUUGCCUCCAUAUCCAGUAUCUGCAAUGCUGCCAUUCACAGUGGAGUCAUCACUAACUCUGGAGGAAAGGUAAUUGUGAUGAAGAUGGCAGGACAGGCGUUCUACAAGGGUAGCUUUGCCAACGGUGUCCGCUCUCUAUCCUUACCCAACUGGAGAGAAUCCUUUUCUGUCUCAGUGGGUAAACCAAAGAAGGGGGUGACCUACCCAUCCACUCUGGUCUUUGUACCCUCAAGACCCACCACAGUGAAAACAGGUAAUCUCAAAGACCUACCGUACUCCACAGCGUCGCCUGUGACAGAGGCUCUAGAGACGGAGCCGAGCUCUACUACAGCUCUGCCCACAACCACUCAUGUGACCACACCCAUCACCACAUCAGCCAAGCCACGGGUCACUGUUCAUAAAGUCCGCGAGGCAGGCAGCAGUCACCCGUAUUUCAGCUCUGUUGCACGACAGUCACAGAGCACCCAAGGAAAGGGUCCUGCGCAAGCAUUUAGAGGCAGCUCCGUCUAUGCCAAUAGGUUUUCACCCCGCACAAACACAGGUGUGCACAGGCCAGAGACGGGCAGCAUGAUCCGAAGACAGCCGCAUGUUUCCUCCGCUUCAGCAGCUUUCAGUCGGGUGCAGCCGCAGUCUGAGAGGAAGCAGCACAUGGCACAGUCUAAUCCCGCACUUGCAAGAAGAGAUUGGCCGCACCCUCCGUACACACGACCUGAUGGGUUCUCUGGCACCAGAAGACCAACAGAUAGUAGCCACUCUGUGCCAAACACAGGCUAUAAAUGGAGCAGGAUGAGUACUGGUGACCCCGCAGCUCUUGACCCAAGGCCUGAUAACACAGAGUAUGAGCACUGGCUGUAUAACUUUGGACAGUAUUCUCCUGCGCCAGAAGAACACAAGCCUCCAUCUGAGACAAGUCAGACCAGAGGUGUCCACGCACGAGGACAAGACUUAACAGCCGGAGUUCCUGAACCCAUGUCUCAAGGAGAUCCAAACUGUAAAGUUGAUAUUGCAUUCCUCAUGGAUGGCAGCUGGAGCAUUGGGAAACGCCGUUUUAAGAUUCAGAAAGACUUCCUUGUGGAGGUUUCUCAGGUCAUUAAUGUGGGUGUAGCUGGAGCCAUGAUGGGCAUCAUUCAAUACGGGGAUGAUCCAGUCACAGAAUUCAGUCUAAAACAGUUCUCCAGCUCCAAGGAUCUGAAGCCGGCCAUCAGCAAAAUAGUCCAGAAGGGCGGUCUGUCCAAUGUAGGAAAGGCCCUCUCCUACAUCAACAAGCAUUUCUUCAGUGAUGCUAAUGGGAACAGAGGUGGGGCGCCCAACGUGGCUGUGGUCCUGGUGGACGGCUGGCCCACUGACAAAGUGGAGGAGGCCUCACGUCUGGCCAGAGAGUCAGGCAUCAACAUCUUCUUUGUCACCAUCGAGGGCCCAGAUGAGAAUGAAAAACAGAAUGUGGUGGAGACCAACUUUGUUGACAAGGCUGUGUGCAGAAGCAAUGGCUACUUCUCGCUCUCUAUCACGAGCUGGUUCGCGUUGCGCAAAACCGUACAGCCUCUGGUGAAGAGUGUGUGCGACACAGACCGCCUGGUGUGCAGUAAGACCUGCCUUAACGCCAACGACAUUGCCUUCGUCAUCGACGGCUCCAGCAGCGUGGGAACCGGAAACUUCCGCACCGUGCUCCAGUUCGUCGCAAACGUGACGCAGGAAUUUGAGAUCUCGGACACGGAUACGCGUGUAGGAAUUGUACAGUACACGUACGAACAGAGGCUUGAGUUCGCUUUCGGACAACACGACAACAAAGCUGAUCUGCUGAACGCUAUCAAGCGUAUAAACUACUGGAGCGGAGGCACCAGCACAGGAGCCGCCAUCACAUUUGCUGCAGAUCAACUGUUCAGCAAAUCCAAACCCAACAAGCGCAAGAUCAUGAUUGUCAUCACGGACGGACGCUCCUACGAUGACGUGCGGACCCCGGCGCUGGCGGUACAUCGUAAAGGUGUGAUCGCGUACUCCAUUGGUAUAGCCUGGGCAGCACAGGACGAGCUGGAAUACAUCGCCACCGACCCCGACAGAGACCACUCUUUCUUUGUGGAUGAGUUUGACAACCUCUACAAGUAUGUACCAAAGAUUAUUCACAACAUCUGCAAUGAGUUCAACUCCCAACCACGUAACUGAGCCAGGCCUACCGAUGGAAAUUGUGGAAUAUCACCCAAAAUCCAAGGAGUAAGUGCAUUACCACACAGUUAGAAAUGCAGUGUUUUAGCAUAAAUUUAGCAUACUGUAGUUAGAAGCCUUACUUUCUGGAUGAAAAGCUUAGAGGACGGCAGCAUGUUUCCAGAUUUGAUUUUUUGCAAUUUAAACAAAAUACAAUGUGGAAAUGGUAAAGAUGGCAGUGGAUGUGUGUUUGGUGAUUUUGGAUUAACGUGUGAUGGACUUCACAGUGUUACAGAUUUUCUGGCGUGCACAUCCACAGAGGUAUAAGAGAAAAUACUUGCUUACAGUUUUUGCAUAGAUGGUUUCUGUUAUAGACUAUUUAUAUUUUACAUGCUAAACACAAGAAUAUGAAACAUUUUAUAAAUUAACAAUAAUAUCUUUGUUCAUAUGGAAAGCUUAUAGCUAG